GGCAUCUCCGAGACCUACAUGAGCAUCCUGAUCAAGACCCUGGAGUGGGCAACCUUAAAGAUACAGAAGGCGAGUGCCGAAGAACAAACCCUCAAACCCUCCGUUUCUCAGAGGGUCGCCACAGCAAGUCAGCCUCCUCCACUUGGACCUGGUUUAUAUCAGGAUCAUCUUCCACUGCGAGUGGGAAACGUUCUAAAAGAAUGUGUCUCAGUGGCUUUUUCAGUCCGUGAUUUCUCAACUCUAUCUGUUACGUUUACGUCGAGCCAGCAAAAGUAACUGCAGAUUUUGACUGACGCCGUCUGCGCUAGUCGAUACUUCAACUACUAAUGUUCUUUGUAUGAAGGUGAGUCAUCUUGAGCUGUAGACUUUGACCUGCUGCUAUCAGUUUCCACUCCUCACUGUUCUCUGAUCAGUUUAGAUGAAACAGCCCAGAGCUGCGGAGAAUGUGAAACAUGAUUUGAGGGAGCAAAUCACCCUGGAGUUUGUUUUUCUGCUGACCUUACCUUAGCAGCAUGGGGUUUGAUUCAGAGAGAAGACGGCUCCAUGGAGAAGGAGUUGGUGGAACUCAGGAGGAGUCGACCCAAACCCCCGGUCGGCGGAGACUUCACCCUCAGUGACUGUUUCUACUUCUCACGCAGAGGAAUUGAGAGCAUUGUGGAGGACGAGGUGACUCAGCGAUUCACUUCUGAAGAACUGGUGUCAUGGAAUCUGCUGACACGCACAAACAACCACUUCCAGUACAUCAGUCUGAGGCUGACACUGGUUUAUGGCCUUGGCAUUUUCAUCAGAUACUGCAUACUCGCUCCCCUGAGACUGACGUUGGCCUGCAUUGGACUGACCUGGCUGGUCAUCGGAACAUCUGCAGUUGGACUUCUCCCAAACUGCAGGAUGAAGUUUUGGCUCAGCGAGUGGGUCCAUGUCAUGUGCUACCGGAUCUGUGCUCGUGGACUCUCUGCAGCCAUACAGUACCACAACAGGGAAAACAAACCCAGGAAAGGAGGAAUCUGUGUUGCCAACCACACUUCACCCAUCGACAUUGUGAUUCUGUGCAACGACGGGUGCUAUGCGAUGGUGGGUCAAGUGCAUGGAGGGUUGAUGGGGGUGGUCCAGAGAGCCAUGGUGAGGUCGUGUCCUCAUGUCUGGUUUGAGAGAGCGGAGAUGAAAGAUCGCCACCUCGUGACCAGGAGGUUGAGGGAUCACGUGAACGACAAAGAGAAACUUCCUAUAUUGAUCUUUCCUGAGGGAACCUGCGUCAACAACACUUCAGUCAUGAUGUUUAAAAAGGGAAGUUUUGAAAUCGGAGCGACGAUUUACCCCGUCGCCAUCAAGUACGACCCAAAGUUCGGCGAUGCUUUCUGGAACAGUUCCAAGUACAGCAUGGUCAGUUACCUGCUGCGGAUGAUGACCAGCUGGGCUCUGGUCUGCGAUGUCUGGUACCUGCCCGCCGUGCACCAGCAGGAGGGGGAGGAUGCCGUCCAGUUUGCCAACAGAGUGAAGUCAGCCAUUGCUCGCCAGGGAGGAUUGUUGGAUCUCCAGUGGGACGGAGGUCUGAAGAGAGCCAAAGUGAAGGAGUCUUUCAAAGAACAGCAGCAGAAGCAGUACAGCAGCAUGGUAGUUGGUGACGACAGCAGUGGACACAGCGACUGACCUCCACGGCAACCUUUCACCCUGUUCUAAAGAGAAAGGACUGAUCACUAGUGCAAUACUGGGUUGGACAUGGAGUAUUUAUACACUAGCAGAAUGUUAUUUUUAAUGCAAAGCUGAGCUUGGGGAUUUUACUUAAAUCAGAGAUGUUGGUUUUUUGAUUGUGUCCAUGUGUCAUUAGUGGUACAUCAAAGAACUUGUGAUGUGGAGGGAGUGAAGUCGAACCUCAUUUCUUUAAACACCAGAAUAAUGGUUGGUUCCGGACCCUGGAUGGUCCGGUGGAGGAAGCAAGACGUCUCGCACAGAUCGAUAGAUGUCUACGUUCUUUCUCGCUGUACUUUGUGAAUUUUUUUUAGGACUCCUACAAAUAUGUUCUGCAGAAUAUUUUUAUAAAAUCUCAUCAGAUUCCUUUGGACGGAUAAAGGGGAUCAUUUUUAGAUUCUAGUCCUUGUUUCUUUAUGUAAAUUACAGUUAUUCAAAUUGAAUUGGAUGAGACACCAUCUAAAUAGCGGACACUUGAAGUGGUGGUCUUCUCCGUUUCAUCUCGUUUUAUCUCAUUUACACCCCUUUAAGGAAACUUGAUUUCCACCUGAGAAGCAGCGCAUUGAUGUUUCCUGCGUGUCCAGUGUUGUCAUCACCGUAAUGCUCUUGCGCUCGCCCAUUAUCCAGGUGGUUGAACGCACCCGGUGUCAAAGCCUCACUCUGCCGUUCGCUAUUGGAGCUUCUGAGAUUUGGACAGCAGCAUCAGUGGUGACAUUGAACUGUAAUAGUGCUGUGACGAAGUGGUCAGAGCACGUCACCAUGAGUUCAAAUUUGCAGGUUUGCGUCCGCCAUAAAUCUCUACGAUGAAAGGCAUUUGAUCAUGAGCUAAUUGUAAAUAUCAAGAUAAAUAUCAAGUUCACUAACUGCGCUUUCUAACAAACAAUGCAUUGGACAAUCCACCUACACUUAAUUCUGACGCUGCAGUGACUGGGAAACGACUCUCACAAGAACUCAAAUAAAUGCCCUGUUCAAUACCAACCUACAUUUGUGCGGAAUUUUUAUUUAUUUAUUUUUUGUCAAGUGAAGCCUACAAUUCACAAACUCACUGCAGAAAAGUGGGAAGAGGAAGAGAGCUCUUUAACGACAGUGUAAUACCUGUAAUUCAAUUGAUCUGAUGUAACAAGGCUCAAUCUCAGCAGCAAGGAAAUAAGAAAACUUCUAUGUUCUUAGUGAUCGACGAUAGUGAUUGGUUGAUGGGGCUGCAGAGCAUCAUGGGAAGUGGCAGCAACUGAUCUUGUUGUUGAGCGUGAUGGGACCUCACAUGCUUCUUGGUCCAAAUAACAUUAAUAGUGGCUGACCUGAUGGAUAAACUGGACUGAAAUUAGGGACACCCUCAGAUGCCAGAGUCAGCAAAGAGCAAGGUGAGGACUGAAACUAAAAAUCAUGAUUGAAAUUGGCAAGAGCUAAAAUAAAUAAAAUCUAAAUAUUUCUUAUUUUCUCUUUUCAGUUCAUCAUUUUCAGUUCUAUCUUAACUGAGACAUUUAUUGUCCAUAGCUACUGUAUAUGAUUCACCUUGCUGUUGUUCACUGCUGUGAAAAAAAAAAGCUGAACAUUGACUAGUUAUAGGCUUACCAGCUCCAAAAUGCUCUUUUGGAAGACAUUUCACCAGCCGUCACAUCUCUGCUGCAGCUCAUGCUGAUGCUCAUAUUUUAUUAAGAUGUGUACAAUUCGAAUAUCUGUGUUGAAUAAGAACAGUACACAAAUCCAAUACUGACUUCACAUACUGAAAGUGUUUCAAACAAUGGAAUAAUGUUGCUGUCUUGUCCUUGUUUGUUUUCUGACCAGUUUCAAGUCAUUUUAAAGAAGAACACAGAAACUCGACUUCUUCUUUUCCGUCGACUCUACUGUUAACUCUUCCCCCCGAGCCACUUUGUUCGCAGGUGG